GUCCGAUCCGCCCAGAUAUAAGGCGCGCGAUCUCCCGAACACCGCACUCGCGUUGUAGCAGACGUAGCAGACGUAGCACCAACGUAGAAUCGUAGCAAUGGCUUUCGGAAGUGUAGAAGCGUGUCGCGUGGCGGUGUGGUGCGCGGUGGUGGCGUGGUGCGCGUGCAGCGCGUGGGCGGCGCCCGCGCAGCUCUGCAGCGCCGCGGCGGAAGACGACCCGCGUGCUGCCCGCUUCUGCCAGGCUCUAAACACCUUUCUUGAACUAUAUGCUGAGGCGGCUGGCGAGCAAGUACCGGAAUAUCAAGCUUUAGUUCGCGACUAUCCUCAACUCCUCGACACGGGCAUGAAGCGUCAGGACGUCGUGCACUCCUUCCUCCGCUUCGGUCGCCGCUGACCGCCAUCUCUACCGAACCGCAUCUAAGCCUACCCGUUAAACGUCUACCUUGUUCAUUCGACUAUGUCCAAAACAUUGUAAGUUCCUUAUAUGUUAGUACAAUUAUCCAGACACUGCGAAAUAUGGAUUAUAUCUAGGCUAUGAUGUACUUAUCGCUAAAGUAUUAUAGAUUAAGUAAUGUAAUGGUCUUGUUGUCAACAUUUUUCGCAUUUCGUUUGGUAAGCAGAAUAUUUAAUAUUGUAAUGUUUUAAAUAAAUAAAUACAUAUUUGUG